AUGGCAUCCAAACUCACCCUCAACUCUACUCUAAAGCUCAACUCGGGAUAUGAGAUCCCCCGUCUCGGCUUUGGUGUCUAUCAAACCCCUCUGGAACAAGCCCCAGACAUUUGCAAGGGAGCGUUGGAGGUUGGCUAUCGGCAUAUCGACUCGGCCUCGGCGUACCGCAACCAAGGGGAGAGCGCCCAAGGCAUCACGGCCACUGGCAUCCCCCGAUCCGAAGUCUUCUUCACUACCAAGGUCCCCGUACGCAAGGCACCCUUGGGAUAUGACAACACGCUGAAGCUGGUGAAUACGGCUCUGGAGGAGACGAAGCUGGGCUACCUCGACCUGGUGCUCAUCCACGCGCCCUACGGCGGCCCUGAGAACCGCAAGGGCGCAUGGAAAGCACUGGUCGAGUGCGUCGAGGCCGGCAAAGUGCGCUCCAUUGGUAUAUCCAACUACGGCGUGCACCACCUCGACGAGCUGGAGGCGUACAUCAAGGAGCUCGAAGGGGAGCGCGGCGGGCCAGGCAAGGGCGGCGUCAUCUCGGUGGGCCAGUGGGAAGUGCACCCGUGGCUGACGCGCGCGGACAUUGUGACGUGGUGCCGCGCGCGUAACAUCGCCGUCGAGGCCUACUGUCCCAUUGUGCGCGGCCAGCGCUGGGGCGAGCCCAAGGUUGCGGCGCUGGCGGCCAAGUACGGCAAGACGGAGGCCCAGAUCCUGCUGCGCUGGAGCCUGCAGCGCGGAUAUGUGCCGCUGGUCAAGAGCGUGACGCCGUCGCGGAUCCUCGAGAAUACGCAGCUGUACGACUUUGAGCUGACGGAAGAAGAGGUUGAGGAUAUGGCGACGACCGACUACAGCCCAUGUGCGUGGGAUCCGACGGUUGAGACGCUGGACAAGUAG